UCAUUUCCACUCCUUUUCUCUGUUUCAAACUUUUCAAAUCUUCGUAUAACAGCAAGAGAGAGAGAAAGAGAGAGAGCAGCAAGAGGGAGAGGGAGAGAGAGGGAGAGAGAGGGAGAGAGAGGAAAUGGCUGCUUGCUGUUGUAGAAUCACCUUUCCAGUCAGGUGGAUUAGCAACAAUACCCAUGAUUCUAAUAAGCAGAAUUUGCACAUAAUUAAAAUCAAAGGGACCUUAUCUAGGCCGCAUAAGGUUGAUUCACUCAGCCAAACUGCAGGAGUAGCAAUCACUUCUGUAGCUUCUGUUGCUAAAAAUCUCUCUCCCCUAAAAGAGCAAAUCACUCGUCAGAACAUUCCCAACAAGAAACAGUACGUUGAUUCUCAUCGCCAAGGUCUCAUCUGUGAAGGCGUUGGCUACAGACAGACUGUUGUUAUCAGAUCCUACGAAGUUGGUCCUGACAAAACUGCUACACUCGAGAGCAUCCUCCAUCUUCUUCAGGAAACAGCGUUGAAUCACGUAUGGCUGUCGGGACUUCUCAGCAAUGGAUUUGGGGCUACACAUGGGAUGGUUAAGAAUAAUCUCAUCUGGGUUGUCUCAAAAUUGCAAGUUCAAGUGGAUCAGUAUCCAAUCUGGGGAGAGGUGGUCGAAAUCGACACGUGGGUUGGGGCAUCAGGCAAGAAUGGAAUGAAGCGAGACUGGCUCAUUCGAAGCCAAGCGACAGGCCAUGUCUUUGCACGGGCAACAAGCACUUGGGUGAUGAUGAACGAGAAGACCAGGCGGCUGUCGAAGAUGCCAGAGGAGGUGAGGGCUGAGAUUUCUCCAUGGUUUAUAGAGAAACAAGCAAUCAAAGAAGAGGUCCCUGAGAAAAUUCCAAAGUUGGACGAGAAAGCUAGAUAUGCCAUCACUAACUUAAAGCCCAAGAGGAAUGAUUUGGACAUGAACCACCACGUCAACAAUGUCAAGUAUGUGAGAUGGAUGCUAGAGACGAUCCCCGACCAGUUCUUGGAGUCCCAUCAACUCUCAGGAAUGAUACUAGAAUAUAGAAGGGAAUGUAAGAGUUCAGACAUUGUUCAAUCCUUAUGUGAUCCUGAAGAAGAUGGGAUCAUUAACAGUGGAUUAAAACAAGCUAAUGACAACCCUCUGAUAAAUGGGUUCUCAUUGGCGUCUGAAAUCAUGGAAGGAAAUGGACUCCUGGGAUCAAAGGACAAGGCACCAUUAAGAUAUACACAUCUCCUUCUAACCAAAGGAGAGACUCGAAAUGAAGAGAUUGUUAGAGCGAAGACAACAUGGAAGAAAAAGCAGAAAAUUAAGCCAUUUUCAACCUAGCAAGAUUUAAUUUAAAUUAAAAGUAUUUUUUCUUCAAGUAGAAGAGGUUUAGCAAUCUGGGUCGUCCUUGUUGAACAUAAAUUUCAGACCUUUGAUCCUCAGAUCUAGCAGGAGAAGGUAUGGGUAAUAAUCAUUCAAAUUAAGAUGGGCAUACAUAAGAUUCCACAAGAUUUUUGGAAAUACAUGGUUUGAUUGGUUGGAAGCUGAAUGAUCGUUGUGCUAAUAAUGUCCUACUAAGGGGUGUCAAUUGAACAACAUCGAUGAAGCAAUGGGACCUGUGAGAUUGGAAUUGGACUACUGUACAACGUUGAUCCUCCCCAUGAUUUUUGGACAUGCUGCUCUUGAUUGAUUGGAAGCUGAAUGAUGGCUACGCUAAUAAUAUCCUGUUAAGGUUGCCAUCCAAAAAAUUAAUGGGUACUUGAUUGUAAUUUGUUGUGUACUUAAAGUGAUGACCGUGAAAGAUGACUUUCGCUUGUAUCUAAAAAGAUCCAUUAAAAAAAUUACUUUCAUUUGUAUGUGGAAAAAAAAAUGGAAGCAUAAUUAUUAUACUACAAA